GGCAAAUGGGGGUCGAGAAACGGGUAAUCUGUUUGUCUCUCUCAGGGAAUCAACUAACUGACUUAUCACGCAGAGUGAUAUCUCUCGGCUAUGAGGAAGAGUUCAAGCAGUACCGGAGAAUCGUGCAACAUGCAUUCAACUACACAUUUUCGGCGUCAUCAGCAGUAUACUCAUGCCCUGUUUCAAUGACCAGUGGUGCGGGACGAUUGAUAGGCAAACAGCUGCCGUCCUUACCAGAUGACCACCCCUUUCACGAACUCUAUCGCCUUAUUACUGCACGGCAGGACAAUUGGAUCUCGUCGCAAUGGAUGACUGAACGGCCUGGUGGUAGCGAUGUACAAAACUCGGAAACUGUAGCAAUCUACUCGCCUCCGCCCAAUAAAACAGGCAGGUAUGGCUCAAUCGAAGACGGAGGCUAUCUCGUCUCCGGCUUCAAGUUCUUCUCAUCUGCAACAGACUGUGACAUGGCGUUCAUGUUGGCCAAGACCGAGUCCGGCCAACUGAGUCUUUUCGUUGCACCGGCGAGGAAGACAGUCGUCGUCAACGGCAAGAAGCAGCAAGUGACCAACGGUAUCAGAAUCCAUCGCCUCAAGACUAAGAUGGGCACCAAAGAACUCCCAACCGCAGAAUUGGAGCUCGAUAACGUCAGAGCACACCUGGUCGGCCCUCUCGAUCGGGGGAUCGCCACCAUCGCCCUCCUCCUCAACGUCACAAGAACCCACAACUUCAUCACGGCACUCUCGUGCUGGCGUCGUGGCAUGGCCAUUGCUAAGAACUUCGCCAAAGCUCGAAGCACGAUGGACCAGCCCUUGUGGACGCUUCCGAUGCAUCUACGUCUCUUGGCAACCAUGGAGGUCAAGCAUCGAGGCGCACUGCAACUCGCUUUCUUCACCACUUCUCUUCUGAGUUUCGUUGAUAAUGGCUUUCCUCACGAAGGAGUCCGACAGAAUGGAUACGUGCCGCUACCGGACUCAACCGAGAAGACCGAAAUCAUCCUACGGACUCUGACCGCGACGGCCAAGGCCGUCAUUUGCAAAACUGGCACCCUCGCUCUGCAAGAAUGUCAAGAAGCUAUGGGCGGCGUCGGAUACAUGGAUGAACCGGAGGAACCGGAGUUCAACAUUUCACGACUCAUGCGCGACACUGCCGCCAACAUGACAUGGGAAGGCACCACGAAUGUCCUAAGCAGUGAGGUUGUUCGGCACCUAUUGAACAAAAACGGACGACAUCUGGGAGCGUUCGGUGAAUGGGUUCAGCAAGCGACUUCACAGAUCAGAGAUGCCGAGUUGAAGAGUGCCCUGGAUCAGGCUUGGAGGGAGUUCGGGCGCACACUGGACAGUAAGCGCGACGAUGUGGUAAGCGCGCUGGCGAUGGGACGCCAGCUCAUGUUCAGUCUCGCCUGGAUUGUCUCCGGUGUGCUGCUGGCACUUGAUGCGGAGAGGGAUGGGGAUGCCAUUGCCGGCGAAAUUGCACGACGCUGGGUACUCGAGGGUGAAGGAAAUGUUGGCGAGUUCCACCUUCCAAACAUUGUCAAGGUUCGUGAACGAGCUGUGGCUGUCAAGGAUCGUGACAGGAUCAAUUGGGAUUGCCGGCUGGUCUGGGGCAUGGAUCUGCCCGAAGGUGCUGCAACGGGAUUUCGGGCGCCAAAUGUUGAUAGGAUUUCAGCCCAACUAUAGACAUAUCGAGGGUGAAGACGGGCUUUGAUACAGGUCGUCCAGGCGUGUUUGUAUUGUAAUGAGUUCGGGGACAAUCAUCCGGUGGCGUGAUUGGAUCUUUCUGCACAGGGCACAUCUUAAGGGCCACUGGGGCUUAGUAGGACCACGGCCCGCGCCUGUCAUGAGAGAUCGCUCGGAUUAAAUGGAACAGCCGACGGUUGUGUCAGGCAAACGAAAUGGAAUUUGAACA